AGUGUGUGCUCACACAACCAAUACUACAAAGCAAACGUAAAGAAUUUUUGUCAUUUGAAUAAAAAAUAAUACUAUCUGUUAUUAACAACAAAUUAAGGCUCCGUUUAUUUUGGAGGAUAAGAUGAGGAUUGGGAUUAAGAUAGUUGUGGGUUCCAUUUAAUACCCUGUUGUUUACAGAGGUGAGGGAUGGAUUGAAAAGCCGAACGGCUUCAUACAAGCCUUGCAGAGGGGAUUCACAGUUUGCCCCAAAACUUGGUAUUCAAAGUUAGUCUGCUAGUAUUAGGAGUGUGAUUUACUUCUUUACCCAUAUUGUUGCCCUAGCCCUAACUCAUCAAAGCAGCAGCAAUAAAAGGGAGAGGCAAAGAGAAGCUCUUCUUCUUCUUCAGAUUUUCAAUCUCAGUACAGCAAGCUCUCUCAUAUCAGAUUUUCGAUCUCAGUACAGCAAGCUCUCUAGAUUCAGCUGAGCAUCUGCUACAUCGUAUGGAUGACACAGGUACCACUAGUUCUCGUAAGAAGGGGAAACCUCGAAGGUUUUGGAAUCACCGUGAGGAACUCUUCCUCAUUACAACCAUGAAAGAUGUAACUGCAAGUAAUCCCAGGUGGAAGCUUGAAUAAUCAGUUUAGGGCAAGCUUCUACAAUGAAUGUGAGAAAAAGAUCUUAAGUGCAUUUCCUGGAACUGAUCUUCGAGCCACUCCUCACAUCGACUCGAAGAUUAAGUUGUGGAGGAAACAAUAUAACACUCUUCAAGAUAUGUUAAAGAUAAGUGGUUUUGGUUGGGAUGAUGACCAAAAGAUGGUGCUUGUUGAUAGUGACGACGUAUGGCAGAACUAUGUCAGGAAGGUGUCGGCUGCAAAAGGGAUGCGAAACAAGCCAUUCCCGUUCUAUGAAGAUUGGCUUAUUCUAUUUGGGAAGGAUAGGGCGACCGGUGAACUAGCUGAGGAUCCUGCUGAUGCAGUUGCAGCAAUAGAAAAUGAGGAUGCAAAUGCAACUACAGAAGAAGGAGAACAGUCUCCUGUUGAACAGUUUAGUAUGAACAUGGGUGAUGAUACAGACUACUCAAUGUCUACUGCAGAACCGUCUGACUCUCCUAAAACUGGAAAAAAAGGGGCUCGACCUGCUGAGGGGAUUCCCAUUGAACUAUCAGAGAUGGCAAAAAAUCUUGGAUCAUUCAUUGAGAAUACUAAUACUACGAUGGUGGAGAUGGCUCAUAGGAUAGGAUAUUCACAUGACCUAUCCCAACAAAGGAGGUUGGUUAAUGCAGAACUUCUAAAGUUGCUAAUGAGUAAUACCCAAAGAUUGAUGGCAGCAUCUAUGAUAGUGAAAGAUGAAGACAAAGUUGACUUGUUCUUCAGUUUAGAUGAGAAUGACAAGAUGGAGUGGGUUUCUUUGCUAUUGGAAGGUCAUAUUUGAAUGUGGCAUCUACUAUAUGAUGGUCUUUUUGUAUGAUGGGUUUCUUUUUGUUUGCUCAUGUGUUGGGCUGUUUAAGACUGGUUUUUGUCGCUUGCAAUAUGUUUAUAUGAUGCUCCUAUGUUGGACUGGUUAAGACUGGUUCUUGUAGCUUGCAAUAUGUUUACAUGUUGCUCCUGUGUUGGGCUGCACUGUAUUGUAUUGUAUGCUACUCUCUGCUACUUUUGAAAGAGCCAUAAUAUGCUACUUUUGCUUCUUGUGA